UCUGAUAUAUGGUUAUUAAUCUGAUAAGAAAUUGUUUUCUUGUACAUUUGUACUUUCCUUUACGAGAGAUGAUUGCGAAGAUAACAAUCCCAUCACUGAUUGAUUUCAUUCACAAUAAUGCAAUCAGUUUAAGAAUGUCGGAUUAGCCAUCUGGCGGUUUAUGGAAGGAACGACAAGUGCAGCGAAGAAGUGGCUAAGGCGAAGUAAAAAUGGAGUGUCGAAAAAUUAAUAAUGGCGACGACGUCUUGUAAAUAUAAAAGAAAUUGAAGAAAAGCAAUUUCUACGGUGUGAAUCAAUCGAAUUUCUCAUAAAGAAUAUAAACUAAAACAAAGGUGCGCUUUGCGCAUUAAAAAAUGGUAAAAGUUGUGUGUGUAGUGAAUGAAAAUGUGUACGACGAGAAAUUGCGGCGGCAAAAGUUAAUUUUCUUAGCUUUCGAUUGUAGCUAUUCGCAAAAAAGGGAACAAGUAGGAAACAGCACCAGCGUAGAAAAAGUAUUGUGUUCUUCGCAAUAUAUAUUCGCAAAUAGAUAUUUAAGAGAGAAUGAUUUAAUAUAAAAAUGGUGUUUCUAAUUGGUGGACUAAUUUAGUGGUGAAUGUAUGUAAUGUAAAUUCGAAAGGCCAAAAAAACACUAACAAUUUUGAAUUAUACCAUUUGAUGGAUACAACGUGUUUGAGACUUUUGAAAAAUGUAAACCCAUUAGAUAUUUUCCAAAGUGCAAGGAGAUCUUAAAAAACAAAAGAAAAUAUACACAAAAUACACACUGCGAAAAAUGAUGCACAAUAAAGACGGAAACUCAUUCUAAAGGAAGGCGAUAAAUCGGUAAAAAGGACAAUUUAGCCAAUAACAAUAAUAUAUACUUUAACCGAUUAGCUGCAAUACCCAGUUUAACUGACAUCAAUUUAUUUUAAAGGGUUUAUCUGUAACUUACCGAAAACCUAAACGUGAUCGUUAAUAAUAUACGCGCAAAUAAUAAUCAGCAAAGACUAUAUCAUACCCAACAUACAUCGUACAAUUUCUAUGGUCAUUAGUCAGCGGCAUUAUUGCCUUGCUACCAAUUGGUAAACACUAACGCUCUUCUUGAAUAGUUCAAGUGGGCGGGACGUGUUAAAAACUAAAAACUGUAGCUUUGUUGGAGCAGUUUUCAAAAUUCAUCAAAGUGGCGCGUUACGGGCACGGACAAGAAGCAGCGUCUCGCUCCAUGUUUUCCCGACGCUUGCGACGACGUGUACGAGACUUAACGCCCUGCCACUAUCGUACGUGCAUACGUAAAGUGGCUAAAAUUCCGAAUCCCAACGCAAAAAUAUUAACACAUACAUUUUCAAUACAAGUGGGGACCAGUGUACAACCUGUACCACAUGCUCAUUUCCAGCAAAAACUGAAACAGCAACAAAGACAGCAUUUGGUUAGCCACUUAAGGAUUUAAGCAUGUAGUCUAAUACUAAAAAUUAUAUAAAAGUGCAAAAGAGAACACUUUCAAAGUUAUAGUAGUGUUUAUCCAAUCACAAUAAAAAUCCAGCAACUACACGUUAGUGCAUAAAGCAAUCAAAAAUUAAAAAAUAAUAAUAAUAAAAACUGCACCAUUUACUAAAAGUCACCAAACCAAAUAGAACAUCACAACAUUAUAAUUUAAUGUUGUGCCUCAACACAUCAAUUAAAGCGGUGUAAAAAGUGACAAUUUAAUUACUAGAUUUAUUCUCCUAAUAUACGUAAACCGUUGAGUAAUUUGUUUUUUCUUGAGUUCACUUGAGCGAAUAGAAAUCAACUGUUACCAAUGAAAGAUGUCACAAAGAGGUAAACGCGGUAAUCAUCAACAUCAUCAAAGGCUCGACGUCGAGCCACAACCUCCGCCAACAAAGCGACGCAAAGGUCGGCCGCCCAAUGGAGGUGGGGGAAGCAAUGGUAGUGGAAGUGCCGGAAGUGGUGGAGGUGGAGUAGGAAGUGGGCUCAAUGGCAGCAUUGGUGGCGGAAAUGGUGGCAGCCAUAGUGGUAGCGUAGUAGGUAGUGCACCUCUAUGUUUACCAUAUACCGCUUCUUCUUCAAUAAGCAAUAGUAAUGCUGAAAAUGAGCAAAACAGCGUAGUCGCUUUAAUACCAGAAGAAAUGGCGGCAUUAGCGUCCACAAGUGCUAAAGUAGCAGCCAGCCAGGGCUCUUCAUCCUCGGCGGCAGCGUGGCAACCGCGUUCAGUGGCAGAUAUUAAAAUUUCAAGUAUUUACAAUCGAAGCUCAACGGAGGCACCAGCCGAGCUCUAUCGCAAGGAUCUCAUUAGUGCAAUGAAAUUGCCGGAUUCAGAGCCCUUGGCUAAUUACGAGUAUCUCGUAGUAAACGAUCAGUGGAAGCAAGAGUGGGAAAAGGGUGUGCAGGUGCCUGUAAAUCCCGAUUCUUUGCCAGAGCCCACCGUUUACGUGCUGCCAGAACCAAUAGUGCCGCCUGCGCAUGACUUUAAACUUCCCAAAAAUCGCUUCCUGCGCAUUACGAAAGAUGAUACUUACUCCAGUGAGUUACAUUGUCUUACAAAUGUGGUCGCGCAAGCAGAGAAUACAUGUGCCUACGACAUUGAUCCGGUCGAUGAAGCUUGGCUGCUAUUACUCAACUCCGAUCGAGCGCAGUACGGUGCUUAUUCCAUAACGGAAACACAAUUUGAACGCGUUAUCGAAGAAUUAGAGAUACGAUGUUGGGAGCAAAUACAAGUAAUCCUAAAAAAUGAGGAAGGUCUUGGCAUCGAAUAUGAUGAAAACGUUAUAUGUGACGUAUGCAGAUCUCCCGACUCUGAGGAAGCGAAUGAAAUGGUAUUCUGUGAUAAUUGCAAUAUUUGCGUACAUCAGGCAUGUUACGGUAUUACAGCGAUUCCAUCAGGACAAUGGCUUUGUCGGACGUGUUCGAUGGGUAUUAAACCGGAUUGUGUACUGUGUCCGAACAAAGGAGGCGCAAUGAAAUCUACAAAAUCUGGCAAACAUUGGGCGCAUGUUUCCUGUGCCCUAUGGAUACCUGAAGUAAGCAUUGGUUGUGUAGAUCGCAUGGAACCAAUCACGAAGAUCUCGAGCAUUCCCUCGAGUCGUUGGGCACUUGUUUGCAUUUUGUGUCGGGCACGUGUUGGUGCUUGCAUACAAUGUUCGGUAAAAACCUGUAAAACCGCUUAUCACGUGACAUGCGCUUUUCAACAUGGCCUUGAGAUGCGAGCAAUUAUUGAAGAGGGUAACGCGGAGGAUGGUGUUAAACUGCGUUCAUAUUGCCAAAAGCAUAGUGUUAGUAAAGGAAAAAAGGAUGGUAGUGGUACACAUAGUAGUAGCACAAAUAAACAUAAUAGUACACAUGGUGCAGCUAAUGAAGAGGACGAUUGCCGGCGACGCAAAAGUCGAAAAUCUGAUAUGACAUCAGAAGAACGCAAUCAAGCGCGGGCUCAACGCUUACAGGAAGUCGAGGCUGAGUUCGAUAAACAUGUCAACAUUAAGGACAUCAGUUGCCAUUUGUUCGAUGUGGAUGACGAUGCCAUUGAAUCGAUUUACAAUUAUUGGAAGUUGAAACGAAAAUCGCGGCAUAAUCGUGCUCUGAUUCCACCCAAGUCGGAGGACGUAGAAAUGAUAGCGCGCAAACAGGAACAACAGGAUCUCGAGAAUCACAAGUUGGUCGUACAUUUACGUCAGGAUUUGGAGCGUGUAAGAAAUCUUUGUUAUAUGGUUAGUAGGCGGGAAAAGCUCUCACGAUCGCUUUUCAAGCUGCGCGAACAGGUAUUUUACAAGCAAAUUUCAGUGCUUAGCGAUGAUAAUUUGCGGGAAGUUGGUAGUGGUGUUUCCAAUGUGCCCAAUGCGGCGAUUGAUGCUAACUUAGAUGAUAGCUUCAAAAAUGCCGUUAUUUACGCGAAUGACGGCCCAACGCUGUAUGAUAGGUUUUAUUCAUCGAAUAGCGGUGAAAGUAUUCCAGCACAAUAUCAAAAUAUUAACUUCAUUUUAGAGAAGCUUUUAGGUAAUGUGAAAGGAAAUAAGGGAACUGGUAGAGGUGCCGGUGCGCGUACAUCAACAUCACCCACAAAACGAAAAAAUACGCAUACUUCAACGGCAACGUCAACGGCAACGGCAAAUACUAAUGCAAACACGAGUGCAAACUCGGGCAGUUCGAGUGCGAAUGCUCCUAGCACCGGCAACAAUAAUAGCAAUAGUAAUAAAAUAUCGCCAAAUAAGAAAGUAAACAAUGGUGCAAUAGCAAUAGCACAAGCGAGCGGUGCGUUGGUUGCGCCGUCGUCUACGUCAUUGGCAGCGGGCACAGGAACGGGUAGUGAAAAACAGAUCAAUUCUAGUCGCCGCAGUUCAACGGGUGCAGCUGGUGGUUGUGCCGCAAACUCAACAGUUCCGGAGAAAAAUCGAAUUUCCACUUCGAAAAAUAACACAGUUAAUAGUAUUGUUUCGAAUAAUCGUACGACGGCAACGGAAUCGCGUUCACGUGGUACGAAAAGCGGAAAUAGCGGUGAGAAGAAAUCCACAAUUAAAGGCUCGACAAAACGCACGCAUGACAGCAGCCAGUCGUCUAAUAACAAUUCGUCAGGGAGUUCAACCUCCGGUGAUGAUGACUCGUCAUCGGAGGAAGAAGGAACGUCAACCGAUUCGGGCAGUUCUGGUUCCGAUGAUGAAUCAGACUCAGGCUCAUGCACAACUGCAUCGACAUCAAGUGCCGGCAGUGGUGCGCAAUCUGCUAGAGCAACCGCAAGAAAACUAUCACCUGCAAAAGCAGGUAGCACAACACAUGCCAUUGCGACGGCUUCAAAUCAAAAUCAAAAGAAGCAAAGUUAUGUGCGAUCCGCGGAAUUGCGACAAAAGCAAAGAAGAAAAAGUGCUAGCAAUAACAUCGCCGCCACAGGAACGGGACGAGGCGAUACUUCUGCGCCAACAGUGCUGUCCAGCUCUAGUGAUGACGAACCAGAUAACCGAUCAGUACCUGCCAAACAUCAACACCAACAACAGCAACAACAAUCUAAGUCAACAAAACAAAACCAUAUUAGUCCGAAGAAAUCUACUAGCCUCAGCACAACAACAACAACGUCGUCAUCGACUGUGCCCACAACAGGAGCACCGCCAGCCACAGCGAAUCGUGGACGAGACUUCCUAUCACAGAUGGCCAAACAGUUGCAACAAGAAAAGGGCUCUGAGAAUACAUCCAGCGACGAAAGUGAGGAGUUGUUGCCACUAAAAGGAGCUGAUAGAAAUACAAACGGCACGAGUGGUUCGAUAUCCACAAAUGUUGCUCCAAUAUCGUCCCUAAUGGGUCGUACAGCGUCCAUCGUUCAACAAAUAUACUCAGAUUCAGAGAGCCUCUCUGGCGGCGAAGUCGAUAAGGACGAACGGGCCAUGGAGAGUAAUGUAAGCGAUUCGCAAAACCAACAAACCAUACGUACCAAGGCAGCACUUAAGGAGUUUACGUUGCAACAACAACAACAGUCAUCCACAGCCUUAAGCAAUCGUGGUAAGAAAGAGUCCGUCUCAAAGACUAUAAACACACAAAGGACACUUGAGCGGAAGUCGGAUCAAAAACAAUCGUCAGGCGGCUUAAAUAAAACAUCAGUUGAUGCUCAAAGUCGAGGUAAAAAGACUAGUGCGGCGGCGAUCGAACGACAAAAUAAGAUAACGGCGGACUUACUGGUUGUACCGCAGCGACAGGCAGCGAAAAAGGCGUCGGAAAAUAUGCGUUCGACAGGUAUUUACACGACUUCUACUGGGGCAGCGGUUGGAACGAUGAAUACCUUAACAAUGUCAGAUCGUGAAACGACCGAAAAGGCUAAAGAACAGCGCUCAGACAAAGAAAGUGAGAGGGUGAAGACAAAGGAAUCUGGCAUGAAGAACGAGGCUGAUAAGGCUGACAAAACGCGUGCCAAAGAUAAAACUCUUAGCAGUAGUGUGGGUAAGAUUGCUGAAAUCGACUCCAAAGAAAGAGAAAAGGAGAAGGAUAGAAAUAAAGAUAGAGAAAGGGAACGAGUAACAGGAAAACGCGGACGGCCACCGAAGGUAAACCGCGAUACUGAAUCCGUUACUGUUCCAACAUCAGCGCAGAAAGACAGCGAACAAGCCUCCAAAAACGAAUACAACUCGCCGAAUAGAGGCCGAAAGGAUGAAAAGACUGCCAGUAAAACGGCCGAUGUGCACAAUACAAAAUCGACUCAUUUAGCUACAGAGAGGAGUACACGCCAUUCUGUCGAUCAAACGACGGUUGAUGCUGGUAAAUCAAGUGCUCCAACGACUCCUAAAACAAAUGAUCUGAAGGCGAAUAACAUUCUCGUAGCUUAUGUGCCGCAGAGACAAGCUGCUAAAAAGGCUGCUGAGCAACUUAAAAGCAGUGGUAAACUUCCUGCCGUAAAUGAAGCUAUACCUGAAGAGAAGGAGCGAUUAGAACGCAAUGAGAAAGAAAGCAAAUUGAGAACACCCGACGGUCGAAGUACCCGCAUGCCGCCCAUGCGACGAAUGUCUAUGCGAGAGAACACAUCUCUCACUGCCAAAGAAGCCGUAACAACAGCAGUCAAGACACCCACAAGUAGUAGACGUCGCUCUAAAGAUGCCUCUGUGGAAAUAUCGUCACAACAACAGCAACAGCAAACUCCUACCAAGAAGUCAACUGCGACCGCAGCGCUGUCAGAGUCCUCAAGUUCUGGUUCAGAUGGUAGCAGUAGUUCAUCCUCAUCGGAUGGCAGUAGUGACAGCGGAAGUAGCAGUGACUCCAGUGAUGCCGAAAGUGAAGUGGCUGAAGAAGAAGAACGGCUUACGCGCGCAACUGCCGCCAACAAAAGAUCACCACGUAAAUCCAUUGACAAGCCGCCUGCCGCGGCACGACAAAAUUCAUCUACGAAUAAUAACACUACCGGUGCGACAACUACGACCAAGUCGCCCAAAAGUUCUCCACAAAAGCAACUGCGACGCAAUAUCAGUCACACGAGUAAUAGCAGUGGUAAUGCCGUCACUGUUGAAGAGUCGGCAGCAGAAAAUAAACAGCCGAAAUCGACCAAACGUAAAUUAUCCUUGGAUGAUAAGAAGUCGGCGGUUAAACAAGUUUCAACAGAUUUGGCUAUUAUUUUGGACGAUGAGGAGGAUGGUACUGCUUCGGCUCAACUGAAUUCAAUGUGUACUCGUGCAAUGCGUCGAUCAAAGUCCGGACCGUCGUCACCUCCUCAUACGUUGCAAUCAACUACUGAUACAGAUAAAAAGAUAGAACAAAAGCUGCAAUCAAAGUCACCGAAGUCAAUACCGUUAACACAUUCAGUCUCCUCAACUUCCGAUCGCAUAUCCGAGAGUGAUAGUGAAAAGAGUAAAACUGUUCUAACGUUAACCGAGGAAAUAACGCAGCGAAAGGCUUCAAAUAGCAAUUCGAACAGCUCAAACGCUACAAGUCAACAGGGUAAUACUAAAAAUCAGAAUAAAAAUCAGGGUUCGUUGGACAAACUGUUAAAUAAAUUAGAACAAGAAGCAAGCAGAAGUUCCAUGAUUGGUGCAUUGGAUACUGGAGCAACGCUACCAGUCUCACUGUUACCAACAAAUAUUGUGGACGAAAAAUCAGAUGCCAAAGAAAGAAUGUCAACGACAACACCAACGUCAAUACAAACAUCAAUCAUUGAUGCAACACCCACAGUUCCACCUGAGCCUCCGAAGAUUAUAAUUGAUACGAAAAAUGAAAGCGGUGAGGUACCAAUGGAUAUUGAUGAGGAGUUAACUACGGCACCGACACAUACGACGCUACCAUCGAGCAAGAUUUGUGAUUUGGAGGAUAUUGAUGAACGGCCACCAGCAGCACCCAUGCCUGCGUCGCCACCAUCUCCAGCAACAUCGGUGUCGGAUGACGAACUCUCCAAUGCAUCGGAUGAACGGAGCUCCGUUACUGGUGGUAGAAGACGACGACGACUACAUAGAAGACAUCGACGUACACGACCUGGAAGUCCGCCAUUAUCACCCGAAGAGGAACAUACACAUCAUACGCAACACUUACUCAAUGAGAUGGAGCUGUUGCGGGAGCUUGAAGAGGAACGUAAAAUGGCGGCUAAUGCCAGCAAAUACUCAGCGUCAUCCUCAUCGCCGGCAGUGGCCGUUAUACCACCCGAACCGCCAGAAAUUAUUGAGUUGGAUUCGAAUUCAAAUUCAACGGGUAGUGAUCGACUGAAACAACAACAGCACCAACCAUCACAAAAUCUUCACCGACAAAAACAACAGACGCAGCAACAGGAGGAACAGCAAAAACAAGAAAUAGGGGGACAAAUUGCACAAACAACAUCGGUACCACAAACACCUGCCUCGCCUUCGUCCUCACCUGCUUUGGUAGUUGACAUAUCUGGCGGAACACCGAACCAAAAAUCGAAUAUCGAAGGCAACAUUAGCAUACCGCCAACACCUCUUAACAUUUCAUUACAAGAAUCUCAGAACAAUUUGGAUGAAAAUUCGCAAGGCACUACGAGCAUAGCUGAGAUGAAUAGCGGUAAUAGUCGACACCAACCCAUUGUAGACACGAUACUCGAUAUGGAAGACAAUGUACAUCAAAAGCAGCGGCAACAACAACAAAACGCAUUUGCAAAUGCUUUAAUGAGUGCUGCUUCUUCAUUUACGGCAAAUGCGAACGCUGAUUCAGUGCUGGAUGAGCCGACUGAUAGUCUUAGCCUUUUGGGCACAUCAACUAAAGAACUAACGGAAGAAGAUAGUUUUCUGGCUACUCGUAAUUUGGUUGAAAAGCUGCGUAAGAAACGCAUACGCACCGAUGAGCCUAAGGAAGCCGACCUACUUAAGCCGCCUCCCACACCAGCCAUACCCUCAGUAUUUCCAUUCCAUAAUGCUGCCGACCCCGAAGACAUUAUACAUGUGCAAAAGGAGAAUGCAGCAGCAGCAGCAGCAGCUGAAGCCGCAGCAGUAGCAGCGGCGGCCGCUGAUGUAAGUAGUUGUCUAUUCGCUGCUCAUGGCAGUAAAGCCAACAGUGCAUCGUUGUUGCCGCGCGACCAGUCAAAUAUUAAUGAAGUGAAAGAUACUAAUGUUUUGGCUGCACCAACUGUCACAUUGACACCCACUUCUAAUGCAUACAACCGAACGCCACACUCUGUGGCCACGACACCAAAUGCAACACCGAAUCCGAAUGCUUCAAUGGGCGCCAUAAAUAGUGUUGCAAGCGCCAAUUUACCGAAUACUAAUAACAGCAAUAAUAACCUCGGUGCAUUGACAUUCUCCGAGCCGGUAGUGGGUUUCAUGGACAAAAAUGUCGCGUCUGAUAUAUGCAAUGUGCCAAUUUCACCGUUACAACAACAGCAAACGCAACAGCAGCAGCAACAGCAUGCGGGCAACUACGGACAGACACAACAAACACAGCCACAACCCCCGGAUGUGGCGGAGAUAACGUCGUUCCUCGAAAAGGAACUCGCGAACAAAGCAAACAUCAAGGCUGGAGCUGUAAGUUGCUUCAACAAAAUGCCAAACACCGCGGGAGGAAAUGUUAAUACGGUGCCUGGAGCGCCAGAUUUUGUGGAUUUGCAUGCUGCUGCGACUGCCAAGGAUAAUAUUGACUUCACCGGUUCUAACAGAGGUGUAGGUAACAACAAGUUAGUGGUUGAUUGUGAUUAUGAUGAGAAUACUCGAAUGCAAUCGCCUUACGCGUUGCGCGCUACGCGGCUUUGGAAUGAGAAUGAAAUGAUCGCGGCACGACGCUCCUCAUCGCCAAGUUCAGUUUCGGAAUCUAAUGACCAAACAAGCGCAAUGGAAAUGCAACAGCAACAACAACAGCAACAUCAACAGCUGCAGCAUCAGCAACAGCAAAAGCAAAACUUGCAACAUUUGCAACAGGUGGGCCACUCCAUGCAGCAACAACAACCACCGCCACCACCACAUUUACAGUCUAAGGAUUUGGUGGGUAACAAUGCGCUUAAUACUCAGGCAGCGGUAGCGCAAAAUUGUAAUAAGGGUUACUUCAAUCGGGUUGACAGUUACGAUAUACCGUUUACACAUACCCAACAGCAAUCAGCGCAACAGCAGUCGCCUUUGGUCAAUGGCAUCGAUUCGAUAAUGCGUUACAAUCAAGGCUAUAACCAACAGCAAACAACACCCACACACACGCCGCAACAGCAACAACGCCAGACCACACCGAAUCAAGGUAAUAAUCAGUAUAACGGCGGAUCUGUCAACCUUUUUCACAAUACUCCUGCGGCUAUGCCAGUCAUGAAUCAAAUGCCUUUUGUGCCCAAUUCUUCCGUCGGAGCUAUGUAUCCAGCAUCGACAAGUAUGAGUGGCAAUGUUGCGAUGACAACAACUACUGCUCAGCAGCAGCAGCAGCAACAACAGCAACCAUCUAACGACGUUGGUAUGUACGGUAUGCGAAGUAAUGAUCCUACCACCGCAGUUCCAAACACCGCUAUGGCUGGUACCGCGUCGCAAACCCAAUACGGUGGCGCUGCAUUUACAUCAUCAACGCACAACUUGGCGCUAACAGCGGCCAUAGUUGGUACACCAGGUGGCCCAUCACUGUUGGAUCAUCAUUCACCGCACCAUCAUCAGCAUGCCAUGCAUGCCCAACAAUCGGCGGUUUCGCAACAGCAACCACAAACUGCACAGUAUGGUAUGAGUGUGCCGUCAGAUAACGCUGCCGCACCUGGCUUGUACAAUCAAAUGAUGAGCACUUGCGCUGAAGCCAUAAUGCCCGUGUCGUCUUCGAAUCAACACCAACAACAACAGCAACAGGCGCAAACAGCGCAAAACACAUCACCCACAAAGGAGUCGCCGUCGAAGCGUUCGUCUUCACGAUACAAUCAGCAACAACAACAACAAACUCCACGUAAUUCACACAAGUCUCCGCAAAUUCAGCACAAAUCACCUGGCAAAUCGCCACGCCAAAUGGAACUGCUCAGCAAGCAGUUACAAAUGCAGCAACAACAGCAGACACAACAACAGCAACAAGCGCUGACUGAAUACACAAACAUUCCACAGAAGCCGCCACCGCCGCCACCUAAAUAUGAUCCAUUGACACAUACGUUGGCGGGUAAACCACGGCAACGUGCACCACGUGGUACCGGCGCUGGUUCGCGCGGCCGUGGGCGUGGUCGUGGUCGAGGACGUGGCAGUAGCGCCGCCAACGCGGUUAUACCGCUGCCACCGCAAAUACAGCACGAUGGUAAUACUCAUUAUGUGAACAAUUUGGUCGGUACGCCAUUCGAAUUCAAUUAUGAUGAGGAUCUGACAGCACCGGGCGUCGAGAACUUGCAAUCGCUGCGCGAUCGUCGACGUUCAUUUGAUGCUCGUUGCAAUCAACAGGCGACAUUAUCCCAUCCACACCAACAGACUACGCCCGAUGCGCAAAAGUACACCAGUCCAUCGGCGUAUGGCAGUUGCAAAGUUCGCGGUGCUGGCGCCGGCGUAACAAACUCUGCUACCGCUAGUGGCUUGGUAAACUGCAACAACAGUAGUAGUGGCAGUCGUAGCACUUCGCAUUUAGCAGACGCGCUUAAAGCGAACAAUGCGAGCAGUUGUAAUCACUCCAGUACACAGCAAUCACUUUUACAUUCCAUUGUACAGCCUGUGCUGCCGGGUCCAGUGGACAUGCGUACUUACAAUGUUUACGAGGCAUCCGCAUCACAAGAAACAUAUAACAAUAAUUUGUUGAGCGACUUUGAUUCUGGUGCUGCAGAGCAAACACUUCCUGAGUUCGAUGAGGAGGAUGAAAAGGAAUUCCAGUCAGCGUUGCGUGCAACUGGUUCAACCAUCUCCACAAAGCAAUUAACACCAGCCUCAAGCGGCAAUAAUACAACAGCAGGCAACAUUAGCGGCACCGUUGGUGCGACAGCGUCAAGUCUAAUAGGAAACACGAACACUGUGUCGGCGUUGAAUAAUGUAAACGCUACUGGUAGUGGUCUCUCUAACACCUGUGCAUCCUCCGUUAUUUCGGAUCUUAUAAUGCCAGCUGACUUGCAAACUUCAAUGGAGACCACCUCCGAAGAGGUGUCUAUCGAUUCGGAUACAACGCUCACAACAAAAGCUUCACUCUCCGAUUCGCGUAAUCAGCUUAAAUUGAAAAUCAAAGGACCGCUUGCAUGUCCUGACGGCAGUUACAGUUACAAUUCGUCGAGUACGUCGAUAAGUGUACAUACGACCAAUAUGACACAGGCAGCUGCCGGCAUUGUGCAAACAUCCGUCUCAAUUCAUAGCCAAAUUUCGGCAGGCGUGGUUAGUGGUGCGUCUGCAAGUGGCGGUGGCAAUAGUAGCAGCGGUGGCAUGAACUCUCGACGCAUGCGCAAAAAGGAGUUGCUCAGCCUGUAUGUGGUGCAAAAGGACACCAAUAUGGAUGAUUCAUCUGGAGGAUUGCCACCUACUGACGUAGGACUGACAAAUACCGUCGAUAGUUUACGCAAGGGUGAUGGCUUAGGUGGUACGCUUGAUGAAUACGGUAGUGAGUUGGGUCUGCAAGGAAGUUCGAAACGUUCUAAGAAAAAUUCAGGACGCGAACUACGUUCAAUGGAUACAGGUAAUGAUUUGAAUGAUAGCAGCACAGUUUUGGGUAACGAUGGACGUCGGCGUAGCGCUUGUUCAUCCGGCAGCACUGAUGAGCGUGUUGGAAAAACUGGCGCAGCAUCAAGUGCUGGCAAGCGACGUGGACGCAGCAAAACGCUUGAGGGUUCUGAAGAUGAGCGCCCACCGACACUGAAGAUCACGAUUCGUGGCUUAGCCGAUGGUAGUGCGAGUGCAACGGCAAUCAGUGGUAAUUCGACCUACGAUAAUACUUAUCAAUAUGAUAUGUCGCGCCGAAUGGUUAGCUGUCCGCCUAAGAAACGUUUGACUACAAAUUACACCCCGCCCACGUUAGAAGAUUACCGUCGAGAGUCGAUGAACUAUCGCAAAAUGGUCAUGCAAGACUUCGGCGAAGACGAUGAAGAACGCACACGACGUGGUGCUAGUAGUAGCUUAUUAGAUACCUCUGUAUUGCCACCUGCUAAAAAACCAAAGUCUUCCAAACCGAAGAAAGAGAAAAAAGAGAAGCGACGUAAGGAGAAGCAAAAUUCGCCAGCGUCUGGAAUGAGUGAUAUGGGUAUGGCAGCGACUGUUGUUGAGAAUAUGGCAAGUGCCUCACCAGGUGAACCACCAAAGUUGAUUAUACGCAUAGGUAAACGAAAAGCAGAAGUGCCCGAAAAUGCAGAACGAUCCACCUCCGCUGAGGCUGCAGCCACACCACCAAUGAACGCUGCGCCAAUACGCUUGAAAUUGGCGAGAGCCUCUGAUGGUGGUGGUUAUGUUAUUGGUAACAAAAAGAAAAAGGAAAAGCGUAUACCAACAACAACUUCCACUCCAACAAUCACACCCGCUUCAACACCAGGUGGCAACACCAACACCAACCCAUUGGCACCAACGACAUUAUCUUCAGCACACACCACGCCAACUACGAAAACCAUAAGCGAUUUCACCGGUGACGACUCAGCAAACUACAACUGCAAUAUUAGCCGCGAUCGCGCAACACCGAAUGCCGUCGAUGUGCUAAAUAAUUUUGACACUGUCAACGUCGCAGGUGGCAUUAGUAAUCGCGAAGAAACCGAUCCGCUUUCGUCAACGCCAAAAGAAGCGAGCACACCGUCUCCGCGUCUGGUCAUCGACACGUGCAAAAGUGUUGAUGUGCACGAUUCCAACACGGCGAGCUCCCUGGCCGAAGCCAUGUCCAUAAGCACAGGUAUUGGGGGUGAAAUUGGUUUGCGUAGCGCUUUUGCGCCCAUAGCACCACUUACCGUUAACUGUAACGAGCACAGUAGUGGCAACAGCAACAGCAACAGUCAUAGCCAUAGUGCCAGUAGUAGCAGUAGCGGUGCCAGUGCCAGUGGUAGUAGUAUAAGCGGCGGUAGUCUAAACAGCAGCCACAAUACAGCUAAUAAUGCUAACAACAACAACAACAAUAGCAGCAGUAAUAGUCACAAUAAUAAUAAUAAUAAUAAUAACAACAACAACAACAACAAUAAUAAUAACAACAGUAAUAGUGGUUUACUUCCAUUAAACAAAGACUGCGAAGUCAGAUGAUAAUCACGAAAUUGGUCCCCGCUCAAACAUCAGCGAUUUUAGUGGGCGCCAUUAGUUAUAUAUAUAUGUAGUUAGUUAGUAAACGAACAGAAAGUGGGCGCAUGUGCAAAGUAAUAAAUAUGGCUAAGCAUUGAGAGCAGAAAAAACGCUCCGCGCGUAGCGAAACGUACAGGUUGAGUGUUGGAGCUUAAUUCUUUUAAUAUUAUUCAAAAAUUUUAUUUAGUAUGUUUUUAGGAAAAAAAGUGCUGUAUAAUACGUCAGAAUUUUAUCAAACGAACAAUAAGAAUCACAACUAAACAUCAUUUUAUUUUUAUAAAUUUUAUUUAAAAAAAUAAAAUAAAAACGCAUUUUAACGUGUAUAACUUUUUAACUACUUGAUUGGGACACACACACACACCACUCCCCGAGCCAUGUUGUUUUUCAUUAAAUGUGCACAGCAAGUCAAAUGCGCUUGGUUACACAACGUAUGCAUAUAAAUGCUUUAAAAGAAAUUUGUCGUAAAAAAUAGAUACUGUAUAAACACUAUGUAUAUUUUUAGGUUGAAUUAUUUUAUUAGAAAAAUUAUUUUUUAUAUUUAUUGAAACAAUUAUUACAUAAAGAAAGCGCGUGUCAGCUCGAUUAUGUGAUGAGCGAAAUUUUUUUUCUUUGUAUUAAAAUGUUCCGUAACAUGUUAUUCCGCAAGAAAAACAUUGUACAUUAAAACUUGUAUAUUAUGCUCAUAUUUUGUUAUAAAUAAUUCUAUUUAAAGUCCAACAUUUAGUUAUAUGCUGAUUUUACACUCCGAUAACUAAGUGGUUUAACCCAAAAAAAAAACUCAAUUUAAUAAAAAUUUCUUGUUUUUUACAUACUUGAACAUUUCUAUGAACAAAAAUUGCCUUUUCUCGAUUUGUACAUUUCAUUGCUUAAAUUUAAUAAAAAAAUGUUUUUUAGUAAACUGAUUUCGAGAAAUGUUUGUAAGUUAUGUUCAUAAGUCGCAUUGCAAACUUAGAUUAGACUGAAAGAUUUACUUGUUUGACUGAGGCGGCAUAAAAUAAUGAUCCUAAUGUGCCCAAUGCAGGUUCUACAUAGUUUUAGUUUAUUCUAAUUUCCUUUGUGAUAAGCAGCAUACUGAGCGCUGAAUGUCAGCGGUUUGGUUUUUUGCAUGUUUAGUGUGUUGGCACAAUCAAUUACCACGUUUCACCGACGAUUUCUUAGAAUAAAAAAUUUUAAAUACCAUUUGUAUAUUUUGGGUCCUAACGAAAGCUCCAAUUUUAAACUAAAUGACAUAAUGCGCAGUUGUAAUAUACAUACAUACACAUACAUAACAUACAUACAACACAAAUAAAAUAUUUGUAAAAUAUUAUAAAUAUAAUUAGAAAAAAAGCAUUGUUAAACAAAAGUCGCCGUCGUAUUAGUUUAGAACAAAGGAAGGAUCCCUUAGCAGUUAGUAAAUAAAAAAAAAUAAAAAUAAAAAAUAAAUUAAACGAAAAAACAACUUAGUCCUUACAGUGCGUGCGUAUGUUUGUAUGAUGUGUACACACCACCCAAUUUGUAGAUAUGUAAGGCAUGAGUUUAGCGUGGCAACAUUAGUAUGUUUUUAUUUGUAUUUUCAAUUACUACAUUUUUAAUUUGUUUUAGAUGUUUAAGUGAAAAUAAAAACAAUUAUUAUAUAAAGAGUAUCAAUAAAAUACUUAUAACUGGCAAAAUAAAAAAUAAAAAUCGUAAAUACACACAUACAUUACAUGAAAAGUUAGUAUAAUUAAAAAAAAAAAAAACAACAAAAUCAAAUAAGUGGAAAGUUAAUGUUAAUACAGUUGAGAAUUAAA